GAUUAUCAAUUAUUAAUGACAUAUCAUCAAAUGUAAACUUGGAAGUUGGUAUAGAGGAAAUCCAAAAUUUCUCCAACAGUGUAGUUUAAUUGAAUAUUAGGUACAAAUAGGAAAAUUAAUACUAUCCUUUAUUUGAAAUAGCCAGUGCAAUGCUGGCGUGUGAACUUUGUGAUGAAUACUUUGACACACACACACACAAGCCAGAAUGCCUGACUUGUGGUCACACUUAUUGUUUCGCCUGCAUUUCAACAUUACUUGAAAGGUUUGGAACCAAGAUCUGUCUUAAAUGUCCUGAUGAAAGUGAUGACGAAUGUGAGGAAAUUCUAUGCUGUCGGAAAUCAGAACCUUCAGGAAAUAUGAUGGUACCUGAAAUCAAAAGGCAGCUGGAUUCUGCAACCCAGACUUGUAAUUGGCUGAGUACAUACAACACUCGGCCUGAGCUCCUGCCUGAUGGUACAUCGUGGACCGUCACAGAUCAUGCUGAUGGACAGCAAGCUAUUGCAAGCUUGUUGCACAAGAGGAUGCCGAAGCACCUCAUGGUGAUAUCAACGCACACAAGACCCAUCUUUGAACUGCGAAAUGUUAUUGCUGGCAUUGCUGCACAAAAUGUUGGAAACAUAUGCUUGAUGCCCAUGGCCUCAUUCUGGAGAGAGUUACAAAGCAUGAUGGAUGAAGACAUAGGAACUAUUAUCACAGAAUUUGGAGACCAUCUCGUGGACCUGUAUGGCACUCCAGACCAAAUCCUGGCACACAGUAACACUGGGAAGUGUGUGCCUCGCAGUAUUGGUGUUCGCCUUGCCAGCCACAAAGACGUAGUGCGCUGUACUGCACUUGCGGAACCAAUUGAUGACAUUUGCUGCCUCAGAGGAAUCCCGAGCAGCACUGGCUGCUACUUGAAAACGAUCAAAAAGAUCUGUCGCUGGCACUUCCUUGACCUCUGUAACAUUGACUUGGACUGGAUGUUUGAAAUUGUGUCGUGCAGCAUGACUAGUGACAACUCUUGCCCGAACCUGGUGCUGCCGAGGGACAAGCUUACUCACGACGGCGUUAAGCGGCUGUUUGAGACCUUGAGCAAGUGGCGAUCAACCUAUUCAUCGCAGGUGACCAUAUACUGCGAGCCGCAAUCCAAGCUCAUGCUGUCACCAACUAGUGAGAAACUAAAAUGUGCCGAGUUGUCAAUCUUCAGCAUCCUUCAAUGGAAAUCAGAACUGACGGGCAAAAGGUCAACUUGUCAACGAAUGUUCUAAACAAGCCAUGGUGGUCCCGUCCAUAUACCUUGGAGAAUGGUUCUACUUGGCCGUGGACUUAUACAGUGUUCUCAGUUUAUGCGAGAAAGUGUCCUAAAUUUUGGCGUGUAUUCAACAUAAGGGUGCUUGUAUUUCAAAUUACUUUUUAGCCUAGACACGUGCAUGAUAUCGUGCCUGGUCUUCCCAGUGGAACAUUUUCUUCUAUUGAAACGAAUGACGCCGGGUUAAAGCCUUACGUGCCGAAUACCUGUAGAGUAAUAGAGCUUUGUUUCUCAAUGGAAAUCAUUGGGUUGGUAUUUUAUAAGUUAGUUAACGAUCGGAAUAUCCUUGUUUGAAUCACGACCAUUUAGUUACUCUUCUUAGCUAGUAGUGUUGUUUGUAGCUCUGUGUUUGGUUUAGGACUGUUCAGGCGCGACGUUGAAGCCGAAGUUUUCUUGAUGAAAAUCUUUUGUUUGUUCGUUCAAAAGAAAAUUCAUGUUUUAUUUUUAUUUGCUUUCUUUUGUUGUAUCGUGUUUGGUUAUCCUUUGGUCCAGGCCCACGUAACCUGACGCGGUCUUUGUUUUAUUGUCCGUGGCGCAUUGAGUUGAGCCUCAGAUUUGCGAUGAUAUGACAUCCUUCAAUGAUAGAAAUGGUAUAACGUUUGUGGUGAUAUGACAUCUGUUAAUGAUGGAGGGUUUAAAGCGUUUACGAUAAGGUCAUGGGUUACUGAUGUUGGUGAUGCUCUUGUGGUGAUAAAUUGGGUUGUAAUGAUGAAUAUGGUGAAGCUUCGGUGGUGUGGACGUCGUCCUAGAAAAGUCAUUCGCCCUUCGUAGUUAUUGACUGAAAAAAAAUCAUUCCAGGAAUUGAAGCGCACGAGCCUAUUUUAAAUUUAUUAUUUUCGGACUAUCUAUAGUUUUAUUACAGUUAAGGUUUCCUGAACUGGGCGCCCGAUAAUAUGGAUUCUUGCAUAGUAAGGAUUUGGGAAGAACUUUUGUGAUUUGUAGUUUUAUAUUUAUUGGAGCUUUGCAAUACACCGGAAAUGUUUUGCG